CGGUUCCCGCCCCCGAUCUGGCCCCGCCCCUCACUGCCCGGCGGCGCGGCACGCACAGGGCGGUGCGCGAGUGGGCGGGCCCUAGCGGCGCGGCCUGACGCUACCGGGACGGCGGGAGUCUGCGGUGGUUCCCUCGGUGGUGGCCUGGGUGGCACGCACGCGUUGCAGAAUAACAUGGCGGAUGCGGAAGUUGUUUUGCCAAAGAAGCAUAAGAAGAAAAAGAACCGAAAGUCACUACCAGAAGAAGAUGUUGCUGAAAUACAACAUGCCGAAGAAUUUCUUAUCAAACCUGAAUCCAAAGUUGCUCAGCUGGACACAUCUCAGUGGCCCCUGUUGCUAAAGAAUUUUGAUAAGCUGAAUGUGAGGACAACGCACUAUACACCUCUUCCUUCAGGUUCAAAUCCUCUGAAGAGAGAGAUUGGGGACUAUAUCAGGACAGGUUUCAUUAAUCUUGACAAGCCCUCUAACCCCUCUUCCCAUGAGGUGGUAGCCUGGAUUCGACGAAUACUUAGGGUGGAGAAGACAGGACACAGUGGUACUCUGGAUCCCAAGGUGACUGGAUGUUUAAUUGUGUGCAUAGAACGAGCCACUCGGUUGGUGAAAUCACAACAGAGUGCAGGCAAAGAGUAUGUGGGAAUUGUCCGGCUGCACAAUGCUAUUGAAGGGGGGACCCAGCUUUCUAGGGCCCUAGAAACUCUGACCGGUGCCCUAUUCCAGCGACCCCCACUUAUUGCUGCAGUAAAGAGGCAGCUCCGAGUGAGAACUAUCUACGAGAGCAAAAUGAUUGAAUAUGAUCCUGAAAGAAGAUUAGGAAUCUUUUGGGUGAGUUGUGAGGCUGGCACCUACAUUCGGACACUGUGUGUGCACCUUGGUUUAUUAUUGGGAGUUGGUGGUCAGAUGCAGGAACUUCGGAGAGUUCGUUCUGGAGUCAUGAGUGAGAAGGACCACAUGGUGACGAUGCAUGACGUGCUUGAUGCCCAGUGGCUGUAUGAUAACCACAAGGAUGAGAGUUACCUGCGGCGGGUCGUUUACCCUUUGGAAAAGCUGUUGACAUCUCAUAAAAGGCUGGUUAUGAAAGACAGUGCAGUCAAUGCCAUUUGCUAUGGGGCCAAGAUCAUGCUUCCAGGUCUUCUCCGAUAUGAGGACGGCAUUGAGGUCAAUCAAGAGAUUGUGGUCAUCACCACCAAAGGGGAAGCGAUCUGCAUGGCAAUUGCAUUAAUGACCACAGCAGUGAUCUCUACCUGUGACCAUGGUAUAGUAGCCAAGAUCAAGAGAGUGAUUAUGGAGAGAGAUACUUACCCUCGGAAGUGGGGAUUGGGUCCGAAGGCAAGUCAGAAGAGGCUGAUGAUCAAGCAGGGCCUUCUGGACAAGCAUGGCAAACCUACAGACAGCACACCUGCCACCUGGAGGCAGGAGUAUGUUGAUUACAGUGAUUCUACCAAGACAGAGGUGGUUGCUCAAGCAGUAAAAGCUCCACCGGUAGUUGUUGAAACGGUAAAAGUCCCGCAGGUAGUUGCUGAAGUAGUAAAAGCCCCAAAGCGGAAGCGAGAAAGUGAGAGUGAAAGCGAUGAGACUCCUCCAGCAGCUCCCCAAUUGACCAAGAAGGAAAAGAAGAAGAGUAAGAAGGACAAGAAAGCCAAAGCUGCUUUAGAGAGUGGGGGAGAGCCUGGAGAUGGGGACAGUGACACCGUCAAAAAGAAGAAGAAGAAGAAGAAGAAAGCAAAAUGCGUAGAAGAGCUUUCGGAGUCGUGAGGGCCAUGUUAAGCAUUGUGUCCAACUGGGAGGAGAAAUUAAAGCCUUAUUGAGAAAA